GUCACGUGACUGGAAAGUCCGCCUUCCUCUCAGUGGCUCCGUCCGGUGUCGGAGGUUCGUUUGGUUCUGGAACAAAUGGACUCUGGCAAUGCACCAAUUUGUUCCUUCGGAGUUCCGAACCUCUGAGUUUGUGAAUGGCGCCAAAACAGGACCCUAAACCUAAAUUUCAAGAAGGUGAAAGAGUCCUGUGCUUUCAUGGGCCAUUGCUUUAUGAGGCGAAGUGUGUGAAGAUCAACAUUAAGGAGAAACAAAUUAAAUACUUCAUUCAUUACAGUGGAUGGAACAAAAACUGGGAUGAAUGGGUUCCUGAAAGCAGAGUUCUUAAAUAUGUGGACAGCAACCUUGCCAAACAAAAAGAGCUUCAAAAGGCUAAUCAGGACCAUUAUGUCGAGGGAAAGAUGAGGGGUUUAGCACCGAGCAAGAAGAUUGCUGCUGUGCAGCAGAAAAAUGUCGAUCUAAAAGUGAAAAAAGCAAAGCAGAAGACCCCAGGGCCUGGUGAAGGCACCAGCAGCAGAGAAGAGCCCCAGGGUCCGCGGAAGAAGAGGGCGCGGUCUGAUCCUACUGUGGAGAGUGAGGAGAUGUUCACCAACCGUGUGGAGGUGAAAGUGAAAAUCCCGGAGGAGCUGAAACCCUGGUUGGUAGACGACUGGGACCUCAUCACUCGGCAGAAACAGUUGUUUCAUCUGCCUGCCAAGAAGAAUAUUGAGUCCAUCUUGGAGGAAUACGCAGCCUACAAGAAGUCAAAAGCAAACUCCGAUAAUAAGGAGUAUGCGGUUAAUGAGGUGGUUGCUGGGAUCCGGGAAUAUUUCAACGUCAUGUUAGGAACGCAGCUGCUGUACAAGUUUGAGCGGCCGCAGUACGCCGAGAUCUUAUCGGAGCAGCCUGACACGCCCAUGUCCCAGGUGUAUGGAGCCCCACAUCUGCUGCGCCUCUUUGUUCGAAUAGGAGCCAUGCUUGCCUACACCCCCCUGGAUGAGAAGAGUCUGGCUCUGCUGCUCGGCUACCUGCAAGACUUCCUCAAGUACUUGGUCAAGAAUUCUUCAGCCCUCUUCACUGCUGGCGACUAUGAGGUGGCCCCACCUGAGUACCACCGCAAGGCUGUGUGACCAGAUCGUAACAUGAACUCUUCAAAAGACAUUAUUUUGUGUCAGAGCAGAACAACGGGUGAGAUUUCUAUCCUCCGGGGAGUCUGUCGAAGAGAAAACUUUCAAAAACUGGCGAGAAAGAACAGAUGGAGUCGACUUUUUCAAACAUCAUGUCACUUUUCUGUGUAUGCAUUCCAGCUGGUAGAUGUUGGUCUCUGUUGCAUGUGUAUUUAUUGGUGCUUAUUUUCCUCCACAAGCACAAUAUUGUUCAUGUUUUGUAUCUUAGUUGUGUAUUGGUAUGAAUAUGUUUAUAAA